AGAAGAACAAAAAUCCAAGGCAAAAUAUUACUACAACGUUUUCAGUACACUUUUUGUCGACAAUCCAAAACCAACAGAAAUGGAUCUUGAAGCAACAAAGAAUCUCUCAGAAUCUCACUCAAUCGGAAACUACAUCCUGAAAUCAAAACUGGGUGAGAGCUCUUUUUCCACAGUAUGGAAAGCAGAGAACAAAAUAACAGGGGGGGAAGUGGCAGUGAAGCAAGUUUAUCUCUCUAAACUCAACAAGAAUUUGAGGAACUGCUUAGAUUGUGAGCUUAAUUUCUUGUCUUCUGUCAAUCACCCCAACAUCAUUCGCCUUCUUGAUGUCUUUGAGGAUGAAUGUUGCAUGUUCCUGGUCCUAGAGUUUUGUUCUGGAGGAAAUCUAGCUUCUUAUCUUCAACAACAUGGGAGAGUUCAAGAGAAGAUUGCUAAAAGAUUUACGCAACAGAUGGGGGAUGGUUUGAAAAUUCUGCAGAGCCAUCAUAUUAUUCAUAGAGACUUGAAACCUGAGAACAUUCUCCUUUCUGGCAAGGAGAGCGAUGUGGUGCUCAAAAUAGCUGAUUUUGGUUUAUCGAGAAGGGUGCUUCCUGAUAACUAUGUGGAGACAGUAUGCGGAUCUCCAUUUUACAUGGCUCCAGAAGUUCUUCAAUUUCAAAGAUAUGAUUAUAAGGUUGACAUGUGGAGUGUUGGUGUAAUUCUUUUUGAGCUUCUUAAUGGUUACCCACCUUUUCGUGGCAGGACUAAUUUCCAGUUGCUGCAGAACAUCAAGUCAAGUUCAUGUCUUCCUUUCUCUCAACACAUCCUUCCAGGGUUGCAUCCGGACUGUGUUGAUAUAUGUUCAAGACUUCUUUCUGCAAAUCCAGGUUUAGCACAUGGCCUGACCCCAACGAAACAUAUCUUUCUUUCUUCCCUCCUGAUUCAUUUGUGGAACCAUUCAUUUUUUUGUAUCUCUCUUGUUGCAGUUCAACGACUGUCCUUUGAUGAAUUCUAUCAUCAUAAGUUCUUGAGAAUAAAAGGGGUGGGGAAGUAUCAUGGUCAAUAAUAGGUUUAAAACACUCUCCAAUGUUCUACUCUCAUGUCUGCUAUGCCAAUCUUAUAUGUCAUCAAACAUUUACCACAGAUAGUCCCCUGUGCUUUUACUUCACUAUCAUCCCUGAUCAAAGUUAUAUUCAUCAUUUUACAAGGGAAGAGCGAUCUCUCUGUGUCAUCUGCUACAAGAUCAUAGCAAUGGUCCUGGAAUAUUUAUAGGUUGAAGAUAUAAAUGGCUGUGGAAUGCAGUUCAACUAAUUGAAGUGGUCUGUCUGAGUUUAUUUUUUUCGUUUCACCAUGCUUGCUUGGUGUUACAUUUCCCUGGUAAUUCUCUAAUUAAAAAUGGCAUUUGUCUAGACGUAUUUUUUUGUAUUGUAACUAAUAAGUUCAGUGCCUUUGGAGUGCUAAAGCUUGUGAAGCAGCAGUUCAUUGUGUAUACUCUUGUGUAUCAAGUCAUUGUAUAUAUACUACAUUUUUUCCUGAAAAGCUUUUCAAAAAUAUCUUAUGACGGCAUUUGGAAGAA